AUGACACGGAAUGAAAAAUUCUAUAACUGCCUUACGAGAAAAGGGCUCGUCCAUGCGAAUCUUUUCACGGGUCGGAGAGCGCCCGCUCACAAGGCCAAGGUCGUCCAAGCGUGGUGCAAGAGCGAACUCCCCGAGUUCAUCUCGGCAGAAGAAUGGCCGGCAUUGUCUCCGAAGCAAGGCCUGCGCCACUCCCAACCCCAAUUUGGAUUCGAAGGCAGCGCUAAAUGGGAAGAAUGGGACGAAAUCGACGACAAUGGGACGAAAUCGACGACGCACUCCUGCGUCCGGUCAUCGACGCUUUUCCUGCGACUCCGCGCUGUCGUCCGUGCCAAAGGUGGCCGAAUCGAGAAGCAACUUAUGGUUGUUAAUGUACCAGUUGUUACUUGA